AUGGUCGGACGGCGCGAAAACGCAAAACAACCGCAAACUCUUGGGCCCAUGCACGCGAACCUCAAGAAUCCGACCUAUUCGACGACUGUCUCAACUACUUUCCGCCAUCACUUGUUCAAAGUCCACGGGAUUGAGUUGGACGCCCACAACCACCCUGUCAAGAAGCAGCGCGACAGUCUUAUCCAGGAUGCUUUCGCAAAGGCUGGCGAGGUGAGCGCUGCAAAGCAGUUGAUGAGGCAGGAAGACACUCUUAGAGCUGCAGCCAAUCGGAAGGCCGCUCUCGAGGCUCUGGUCCAGCUCGUCACCGUCCGCAACCUCUCCUACUAUUGCAGUUCCUGGCCAGAGCUACACGUGCUUAUCGGUGCUGUCAACUACACCACGGAAGGCAUCAUUAGCCUCUCACACGGCUCCAUCCGAAAGCUUGUCUCCAAUUCCUAG